AUGUUUGCAAUUCCGGUUCUCCGAAUGGGCAUGAAGGCCUUCAAGAAAUCCAGAGCCGCAAAGGCCGAGAAGACACAACAACAGCCAUAUCAAGCACAGCAGCCUUAUCCAGGACAACAGAAUGUCACCUCAGUUCAGUCUAGAAAACGAAGCUGGCCCAUACUACUCCUCGCCAUCACACCUGUGCUGGUCACAGGGAUAUCUUUGAUACUGUCCAUCCUCUGCGUUUUCGCGGGCCACACAACAUCCAUGAUGCAAGACUACAGCGUUUUCACCCUCAACACCUCCAGGAUCGGACAAAACGUCGUCCAGAAGCUCGAGAACAAAGUCAGAAGCUUUCAGUUGGACGACAUAGGCUUGAGUAAGCGAGCCGACUUGAUCAUCUUGCCUGCAACACCAACUAUGGCACCGACAACUCUCAUCACCAUGGCACCCAUGGUGGAACGAGACAUAUUCUCCGGUAUCGAGUCACUCGGCAGCAAAGCAACCCACCACAUCGCCUCCGACGUCCACUCGCUCAAGAGCAAAGGCAAAGGCGAAAUCAGCGAAGCGACAUCCUACCUCCAUUCCAAAGCCAACUCAGUCGAAUCCGCCGUUGCCAGCGAAGCCACUUCCAUCGUCAAUAAGAUCGAAAACGAGAUCAUCAAGCUCAUCAACGAGGCUUACACUGGUCUGAUCGACGAGAUGCACAUUCAUGACUUCUACAAUGUCCAUGUCAUGGCGAGCUGUAGAGGCACAUAUGUGUUCCAGAACGGGACGAAUAUGACGAUGGGCGACUUUGGACCUCCGACGCCGACGGGACCGGAUAGUGUGCAUAGCCAUGUUGAUGCCUGUGAGGAGCAUUCUGCUGUUGACCCGUUGAGUUUGAUCCGGAUCGUCUACUGGAUCGGCAUCGUACAUGUUAUCGCUGCCCUUGUGCUGGCCAUCUGGGCCGCCAUCUCACCGAGCAGAAAGGUGGCGUUCGCGAAUGCUGUGCUCAUUCUCUUCGCAUUCAUCGCUCUCGGCCUGGCCUCCAUCGUAGCCCACGGGCUUGCUCUCGCCGCAACUAAAGUGGUCAACUUCCUGGGCAAUGAUCUCGGCUUAGCAGCGUAUCUCGGGCACAACUUCCUGGCGCUCACAUGGACUGCGACGGCGUUGAUGGCUUUGAAUUUGCUUUUGCUUGCUUUUAUGUACUUUGUGGACAAGCGUCAUCAACCUAGGUGCACAUGUGGAGCGGGUCAGCCGGUCCGCCCUACGGAAGAGGGGUUUGAGUUCAUGGUAUGGCGUGCAAUGCAGUUCUUUAGUGACACGGACCUUGAAUCGUUUCCUGCAACUGAGCCAAAAACCAGAAUUUCUAGUCUGUCAAGCGUCGCCGUCCUCUGCUUCAUCACUGUCGAAGUCAAACACAGCAUUACUGUGCCCUCCACCGUCUGCACCAGCUCCUUCAAGCCUUUGUUCCUUCAGCUCCUCUUCGUCCUCUAG